AUAAUCCUCGUGGAUAUUUGAGUCAUGUUGUUUCCUAUUGAUCCAAGAAAGAAAGCGUUUCUUGUUACGUUGACCUGUGGUGUUGUCCGUGGAGAGAAAAGUCUUUUGAGUUUCUGGGUUACGGGUUGCAUUCCUUAUUGUGUGCGUGGCGUUCGAGCAAUGAUUCACUUGGUGUGGUAGUGCAAAUGGUUAGCAUUUAUACGAAUCGUCAACAGUGAAGGUCAAAAUGUCGACGAAAACCUCUCCCACUUCAACGAAAUAUAAAAUUAAUUUUCAAGUCGGAGCCCGGCUCGAAGCAAUGGAUUACACGUUAAGUUGGUAUUCUGCUAAAAUAUGCCGUGUUGAUGAAAAAGAUAAGAAGGUACUGAUUCAUUUUGAGGGCUGGAAUCAUCGUUAUGAUGAAUGGAUUGCAUUUGACAGUGAACGUUUGAGGCCACACGGACGGCAACACCUUUUUCAGGACUCUAAAGAAGAAAAGGAAGUUUGCGACUAUCAGGAUUGGAAAACUGGUGAUCGAGUAUUAGCAAAGUGGCAGGAUUGUAAAUUCUACCCAGCAAAAAUUGCCAAGUGUCUUAGUGAAGGUUCAUAUGAAGUUCAUUUUUAUGAUGGAUUCAAGAAGGUGGUCCACAGAGUAAAUAUCAAACCAGAUAAUAGGAAGAUCAAUAUGAGUUCCAAUGACAAGCAGGAGCAUGAAAAGGAAAUUCAAGAAAGGAGAGAAAGGCGGCAGCUGAUGGCAUCUGCUAGAGCUGAACGAGCUCGUAAGAGGAGUUCAGAGACCAGCCCCACAACAGUUAUUCCAGUGAAGAGAAAAGAUUACAGAGGAAGAAAGGGGAAAAUGCAUGAGAAGGAUGACUUUGGCACAGCAAGUGAAUCCAGUGUAUCAAGUCCAGCUGAGAUGCCUGAAGUUGAUGAGCAAACAGUGGAUUCUCAAAAACAGGACAAGAAAAGUAAAGAGAUUGAAGCUGAUGUGGAUUCAUUCAUCAAAAAUGAAGAGCCUUCAGAUAGAAAAGAAAGACAUGUUGAUAUGCAUCAAUUGACAGAAAAAGAGGAUUUACUUGAGGGUAAUUUUACUCAAUUGGUGAAGCAUAAAAUGCCUGUGGAGAAAAUACCACAUCAAAAAACAUCCACAGUGGGUAUAAGGAAGCAGAGAAGAUUCAUGGAUAAAAAGAAUGCACUCAAAACAAAUGAUGAACUAAAAAAGAAUCGGGAAGAUAAACAUCAGUCCGCUAAUGAAACUGAAAAUGAUGACAGGAAGGUUUUCUUUGAUGCAAAGGAACAUUCCACAAUAUCAUCAGCAUCAUUACACUAUUCAAGUGCACAUGAGACUUUGGAGAGUGAUCCUCAAGAUUAUCAUGAACACAGAAAAAAGCAAGAGAGUAGUUGCAGCAAUGAUAGAGACAGUUUGAGUUUUAAAGAUGAAAGUAUAGAACAACAACAGGUGGACUAUGUGUCAGAAAAUAAGGACAAAACUGCCACAGAAAACUCUUCAAAUAUCAGCGAUGAGGGUGUUGAAUUUGAGCAACAAAGUAAUCUCCCUCCACAAGAAGAAAAUGAAAAUAGUUAUGGAAAUAUCCAAGACCCCGACACAGAGACAUCUCCAGAGAAAAAUGAUUCUUCAACUACAUUUGAAACUUCUUUGAGAACAGAGACAAGUACUUCAAUAGUGACUUCUAAACCAGGCAAUUCAACUUCUAAACUAAAAACUUCAAAAGGUCCCAAAAUUAAAAGAACACUUUCACGAGCUGAACGUCUGUCAAGAGCACGCAAAGCCAAAAGUGGCAUGUCAUUUAAAACAAGUUUAUCUUUAAAAGUUAGUCCUUCAACCAAACAACAAUUUACCCCGAGGGCUGCGUCACCCCCCAAGUUAGAUGCCCAGGAGGUUAAUUUGCCCCCUAAGGUGGCUCCUCCCAAAACUGGCACCAAAACUAGCGCUAAGAGUGAGAAAACUGUACAACGGAGGAGGAGUUUUAAGGGGAGUAGAUCAUCUUCAAUAAGUCCUAGAGGAUACGGAUACUCCAUGGCAUUUAUGGACAUUGAGAAGCCUUUACUACCUGAUGCAAAACCAGAGGAGAAGACAGAGAUUCCUACGACAGAAAAUGAAUUAACUAUCGUGACAAUUCCUACAGAAAGUCUAACUUCUACUCCAACCACUCCAACGAGCCCAACGGCAUCAACUGCAGCAAAUGAAAACCAAGUUGCUCCCAAGAAACAGACAUAUCAGGCUAAGAAGUUUCGGUUGGACCAGAUCACUGGAAAGCUGUCAGCGCAACGGCAGAGCGAAGCUCAAGCUGCAGCUCAUUCACCAUCUGCCUUUCAACUCGCGAAACAUCACUCUUCACCUCCACCUCCACCCCCCUCUGCACUGAGCCCGUCACCUCCUGCUAAUCCACCACCCUACCCCAGAGAGUCAUAUCCACCUCCUCCAGGACCCCCUCCCCUUAUUUACUCACCCAUGCCAGGGUCAUGUUGUCCCCCUCCUCACCAUCAGCACCUGUAUGGACCACACCCAGGUCAUGGGAUGCAUCUCCCCCCUGGUCACAUGCACCCUCACCCAGAGUAUCCUCCUCCGUCAUCAGGGUACAUGCUGUAUGCUCAUGGGAUGCACUAUCCUCCACAUGGACCUUGCAUCGGUCAGUGUUCUUGUUCUGCUGGGGUGCGACAACCUGUGUACCCUCCACUCCCCCAUGGGGCACCUCCUCCUCCCCCUCCUCCUAGCCAUGAGAGUGCACUAGCACAGCUGAUGCAAUGUGAGCAGAGGAUUCUUCGUGGUGGACCAGGAAUGCCUCAUUUUAGAGAACAAGCCCCUCCUGGAGCAUGGGUAGGUCUUAGACAUGGGCCCCCAACAUCACAGAGCUUCUUACCAGUGAGCCAUCACCAAAGUCCCCAAGUUCCUCCUGUUCCAGCCAGCGUCAGUCCUACUCCAGAAAGCUCAAAGCACCAAAACAGACGCUCCCGCAAAAGUGAAAGGCCCCUUCCAACCAAAUCGUUGCCUGCAUCAAGUGUGGAGGCGCCAUCAGCAGCCAAAUCAGAAGCAGAAAAUGCUUCCAGUGCCGAACAGAGCACUGUCCAAAGGAGUGGAGAGGGUGGGGAAAGUAUUGCUCCAAAACCUACCAUUUCAGAAACUAAUUCCAACGGGGGGUCUAAAGAUGGAACAGAGAACAGUGAAAAACCUUUAGCACCAGCAAGUCAGUUGGCGUCUAUGUCAAAUCUGAAAGCAUCAACCACAGCAACACCAACAGGUGCCACUGCUAUGUCUGUGGUACAGACAACUGGAAUAUCAGGGGUGCCUCAUGAUCUGAGCCCAGAUGGUUUACAAGCUCUACUUCCUGGCAGGAUGCGCAAGUCUAAAGAUCUGGCCCCCAAGGAACUGAUAAUUGAAAUGGACCAUAAUAAAUACAAAUGCCAAGUAUCUGGGUGUGAUAAGUCAUUCCGUAAAGAAAGUGGCUUGGAAUAUCACAUUAAAUACUACCAUAAUCAAAAGGACAAAACUGGAAUUAAGAGAAAAAAGUCAGUCUCCGUCAGGUCGGACUCCGCCCCUGACACUUCCCCCGAGUUUGUCAGCCAGCAUCGCCCGCACAAGCGUCGCAUUCACAGGUCUUCAGCCCCAGCCACACUUUCAUCAGGCAGCUCUCAGAUAACCAGUCCAAGUAGUGUGGUCCCAGCGCCGACCAUAAAACCUGAACCACUGGAGCAGGAGUUAUCGAAUGUGGUGAUGUCCACCGCUAUGGACUCUGAACCUUCUGUCAGUCAGGAACUAGACCUGGAGAUUGAGGGGGGUGGGGUAGAUACGGAGAAUAUUGACCCAGGGACACUGGAAUGCAUGGAGGUGGAAGAGGAGGAAGACAUCAAUGGAGAUGUGAUAAGAUGUGUGUGUAAUGAGUCCGAGGAAGGCGGCUUCAUGAUACAGUGUGAGCAGUGUCUAACAUGGCAGCACAGUGAGUGUGUGGGUCUCAGUGAACAAACUGUUCCGCCAAAUUACGUCUGCUAUGUGUGCACCAAACCAACAGGGUUAAGGAAAAGCGCAAAAUACAAGAACGAUUUUGAUUGGUUCAGACGAGGUACCUUGGCAUGCAUGCCUUUCUCAUCAGUCCCAGAGCCUGAAUACUCAGCAGAGUUCAACCUCGCCACUCACGGCGUGAUGAGUGACAUACAUGAUGUGAACCGCUCCCUACGCAGUUUGAAGCUGAAAUUCGAACUCCUCAGGAAACCGUCUCAUUCUGAUUUGAAAUGCUGGCGACAACCGCGAGGGAGUAGUUUAACAACAAACGUGGACGAAACGGAAUAUAAAGAAAAAACUGUUGAGGAUUGUUGCGUAACAAACGUGAACGAGCAAGGAGAAAAAACGGUUUGCACUGAAAAUAAAAGCAUUCUUGUUGUAAAUGGUCACGUAGAGCAUGAGGAUCAUUCUCAGAAGGGGCUGCCGAAAGUGAAAGAAGAACGUUCCUCCACCCCACCCCGUCCUGAGGAGGGCCCUGGUGACACCAAUAACAAUAUACAAGAUAAAAGCGUGCCCUUGUUGAGCACAGGGUCAGUUUUAAUGUCAUCACUUUCCAGCUCGUCAGGAACAGGGGCAAGUGCUGUGAGUGGAAGUACUGAAUCGCGUACCGAUGGAAGCGAAGGACACUUAGGUGUGAUAAAGAAGGAGGAAGAUCCGCAGUCUCCUAUCCCGGCUUUAGUUCCUGCCGGUGGACAGACAGUGUUUAUGAAAAGUGCGUCAUUACCUGAGCAGGGGAAAUCUGAAGAGGAAUCUGUCAGUAAAUCAGAAAAUGUGCAACUUGCGGUAAAGCCCGAAAAUGACACGGAAGGGACUGGGCAAUCAGCAGAACUGAAGCCCCAUGGGGGGUCAUCUAGGGUUGAUCAGGCUGAGGUAAAGACAUCCACCGGUGAGAGCAACCCCAAGGUAGGAUCCGAAUCACAGGUUAAACAGGAGAACGAGUCAAGAAAUUCAGCCAGUGCAGCGGGGGCUCGAGAGAGUGAGAUCAAGACAGAAAAUCAGGAAUCUGGGCAGAGUUUGUCAGAUGGUGAGAGCGUGGGAGCUAUCAACAAUCUGCUGGAUGAUAUCACGCAGAUACAGGAUGAUUUGGAAGGACGUAUGGAUCAGAUUGAACAACAGUUAGCAGUUCUUGAAGAGGCUUAUGGUACACCUGCCCAGCCUGGUAGAAAAACAGACUUCAGAAACCUUGUCAGGAACCUCAAUCGCGUCAGGUGCCUUUUACAACAAGUCAGUUAGGAACCUCUCACAGCGAUAGUAUCUGACGUAUAACAUCCGGAAUAUUCGUACCUGGCAAAUGCCGCUGACGAACGGUAGGCAUCAUUUCUGUUCUGCGCUGGGCGCAGUCCUCGAUAAAGCUUCCUUUCGGUAAAAGUGUACGACUUGUGUGAUCUGUAGGGUAGCCAUGUUACUAAAUAGGCUAUUUUUGUACGGCAAAUACGCAAUACUCGCUCUAUGGUAAGAUUUUCUACUACAGAGUUUUAUUGAAAGCAUGAGAUGAUAUACUUAGAAUCGGAAAUUGUUCGGAGAUUUUUUGAGAACAACGCGUCUCUUCAAAUCUAUUGGCAGUCGUUGAGACACACGUCGUCUUGUUUGAUCUUAAUUUGAGUCUUUAAAUAGUGAAACGACUUAAAU